AUGGUCGUAUCCUACCUCGUCAUCGGCAGUAUCGUCAGUUACAAGCGACUCUCCCUUCCUACGCCCAAAUCCGUAGAGGAUGCAUCGGGUCCCGAUGAUUUCUCAGCCAAGUGGGCCUGGAAGCAUCUAGAGGAGAUUGCCCAGAGGCCGCAUCCGAUCAAUUCACGCGAAAAUCUGCGCAUCCACGAUUACCUGGCCAAGACCGUCAGAGAUCUACAGGAGGAAGCACGCCAGUUGAACAGGACCGUCGAGUUAGCGGAUGAUAACGUCAAGUUGACUUUGGCCAGGAACUUUUUGAGCAAUUCGACUCGCCUUGACCUGAAGGGUCAUCCCGAAGCCGUUGUGGUCAGUGCCCAUUAUGACUCUGUCCUCAUCGGCCAUGGUGCCACAGACGACGGCAUCGGUGUUUCCGUGUGUUUAGAGAUGAUUCGUAAUCUCAUCCACCACCCUGUCAAGCACAAUGUUAUUUUCAACAUCAAUAACGGUGAGGAAGUCGGGCUCUUUGGCGCAGCUGCUUUCAUGAAACACCCAUGGGCUAAGGACGUCAAAGCAUUUAUCAAUCUCGAGGGUGCCGGUGCCGGUGGUCGCGCUCUGCUCUUCCGUGCAAGCAACAAGGCCCUUGCCAAGUUCUAUAGCAAAGUCGGCAACUCUCCUCAUGCUAACGUCUUUGGAAAUGACAUCUUCAAAAUUGGACUUAUCAAGAGUGGCACCGAUUUCUCUGUCUACACGGCCUACAACAUCCCCGGCCUCGACAUUGCGUUUUACAGUCGCAGGGCUUUCUAUCACACCCUUCACGAUGAUCUCGAGCACACCUCGCCUGCAUCUGUCCAGCAUAUGGGCAACACUGGACUGACAGCGAUGCGUAACAUUGCGGAUUCGGAUUAUCUGAUCAAGCCCAAGGAGAUCCUCAGCCAGGAAUCCAGCAUCUACUAUGAUAUCGCCGGCCUAUUCAUGCUGGUUUAUUCCUUCAACACUUACCUGACACUCAACUACAACUUGAUCAUUAUCGUCCCAAUUUUCAUUGCGUAUUCCAUCGUCUCGUCCAGGAAGCAUGGUCUGACCUUGGGUGUUGUGCUGAGAAGCUAUAUCGCCAUGAUCCUCAGCUUCGUGGCCGCCAUCGCAGUCUCGAUCGGCUUUGCUGCUCUUCUGAACAAGAUCAACCCAAUGCUCGUCUAUGGAGAGCACUGGCUCGGUUUCAUGUUCUUUAUUUUCCAGUGCUGUACAACCAUCAUCUGUGUGCAAUGGGGGUGGGUCCUGUUGGAGCUCUGGCUGAAGGGUGACAUGGGCCCGGAUGAUAUUGUACUCGAGCGUAUCCGCGUGGACUCUGAGCAGGUGGCCAAUGUCGGCAUGGUCCUAUUCUGGUGGACUCUGUUGAUUGCGGCGACGGUUAUCGGUCAGAAGAAAGAGAUUGGCUUAUUUUAUUUCCUAACCUGGUUCACGGUGACCUCAAUGAUUUCGGCUCAUCUGUCUGUUUACCCGCGAAGACGUGGUACUUCCUGGACACUGGCACGCUUGUGGAUCAACUUUGUGCCCCUGAUGAUGGUGCUGGAUAUUGCUAUCACGAAUAUGAUAGCCAUGGGCCAAACUCUUGUCGACGGAACCCCUCCCUUUGCCAUCAUGGCUCUGUUCGCUCUUUGCGCAUUGAACUGUGUGAUGCCCCUAAUUCCAACCAUCCACCGAUCGGCCAACUUCCGCAAGAUGGGCCAGGUCAGCGUUUUUUUAACAGUGGCUCUGCUGAUCUCUGCCUGCAUCGUAUUCCCAUACUCUGCGGAAGAAGCACCCAACAAGCUAGUAUGGCGCCAGGUCUAUGAUCUCAAUCAUAACACGUCGCUCGUUACCGUCAAGACCAUGAACAGGCUCGAGACGAUCAUGGACUUGGUCCCUGCAGCCGAGAAGCGCGAAUGCGGCCCUGAUCCUGUGAGCAACAAUGCCUUGACCCAGUGCAUUUACGAGGGCGCGGUUCCCAGACUGGUGAUCGAAUCCAGGAAAUCCGGAGAGGAAAUCAUCAAGUCUGAGGUCUCGAAGCCCGAGCACCACCACGAUGCAAUUUCCUUAGGAGAGGAAAUUGAGGCCGAAUCCAAGAGCUGGUUCCGCGUCGUACAUUUGAAAUGGACUGCCAAGGACUCUCGUCUGUGCCAGGUCAAUUUUCCCACGAAUUCUUCGAUUGUGGUUAUGAAACUGGAUGGGUUUGAUGAACCAGAUCAGGGUUACAUAGCAACAUCAGUGAAGGCGGCGAGUCGUUCGGGAAUGGUUAGUUUCAAGCGCAAGUACGACCAGGUAUGGGAUCUGGAGGUUGUGUACAGGGUCGAGGACAAGGAUGCGCCGGCGCUUGAGGGUACACUAGGAUGUCUUUAUGAUGAGUGGGAUCAGGAGCAGAUUCCGGCAUUUACGAACAUGAGGAGUCACUUGCCAAAGUGGGCGCUGCUCGGCGGAGGCAAGGGACCGGGUCUUCUCACUAUCCAGAAAAAGGUCCAUGUUUAGGAUAAAAAAACUAUUAUCACCAGGCGGCGGAAGAUGGAUUCUUAUUUCUUGAUGGCCAACAAGGCGGUGAUGAGAAUCCAGCAGAUCAAGACCAAUAAAUGGACGUUUUAUAUCGUUGUCGACCCCAUUACUAUGUAGCAUUGGUUAUGUGGUUAUGGAACAGUUGGAUACCGGAGAGCCCCAAGUAAUUGGCACGCCACUAGACUUGUUCUGCCAAAUUUGCAUCUGUUUUACACAAACACAUUAUGAUGAAAAUUACGCGUCGUCAUGGAAACCCUGGUCUUCGUCCGUCUGCAACCACUGCUGGUCUUUUCGAGGAGUGCAAGACCUAAACCCCCUCACAAUCCGAGUUGGUGGAGACUAUUAUGAAG